AUGGUUGAGCUGGGAGUGGGCUGGCGUCAAGAGGGCUCUCUGAUGGGGAGUGUCAACCGGGCUUACAUCUUUGCCUCAGUUCUCACGAUUGAUCCGACUAGUGCAUGUAGAGUUGAGGUCACUGUCAAUUCUUACUUCAGUGUACGAGAUGGUAGAAAGGAGUAUAACCGGGGUAGGCCAGUAAGCUAUGUUGUUGAUUCAGAAACAUAUUCUAUCAUUGAUCUAGAGAAAGAUAUUGCUUCAGAAUUUAAAUGGGCCAGUGAACAGCAGGCAAAUUUCUGGGUUCUAACAGGAGAGGGUAGUCUGACAUGCAAGUUGGCUUCAGAUGCACAACUACUUGACUUGUUAAGGACAUCCAGAGUAGUGAAGUUGUUCAUGGUAGUCGGUAGCCGUGAGCAAAAUGUAAGAGAGGAGGAGAUGGCUGCUGCUGCAGUGAAUAUAGGAGACGAGGAGAUGCCUACUGCAGUAAAUAUAGGAGAGGAGGAGAUGCUUACUAUAGUGAACAUGGAAGAGGAGGCGAUGCCUAUUGCAAUGGACCAUAAUUUGGAGGUACAUGAUAGAGGAUUUACAUGGGCAGAAGUACCUGAAUAUGGGGAAACAAUUGGAGGGCCACCAAUACUUGAGGAGGAGGAGGAGGAGCAUUUCAGAACUAUUGGGUGUGAUCCUGAUGGAGACGAGCCUGUAGGAGUAGAUGAAGAGUGGAGGUACUUUAAACGUACGGAACAUGUAGUCAUUGAUCCAGUCGAUGUACACAAAAGAAAGAGGGCUGCUCUAGAAUUCAGAGACUUUGAUAUCCAACAGAAUGGAAGGGCGUAUCCUAGCAAGUGUGUUGCAUGAGUUGAACAUGAAGAGCCGAGGGCUGCAGUAUGGAAUCAUGAGGACUGGUGCAAUGUCUGCUGAGAUAUCUGGAAUAACAAAAGAAGGUAAGAAUUGGAGAGUUCCUGUUGACAUUGAGAAAAGAACUUGUGGUUGUGGACAAUGGCAGAUUUCUGGAAAACCAUGCACUCAUGCAAUAGCUCUAUUUUGUCAGCUUAAAAAACUUAACAUUGAGAACUUUGUAGAUGACUACUAUUCUGUAGAGAGGUUCAAAUUAACUUACCAGUAUACAGCUGCUCCAUUGGGUGAUUAGACUCAUUGGCCAAAAUUUGACCUCGGGUUUAAAAUGAUUCCUCCAAAGCUAGAAAGACCUGCUGGUAGACCAAGAAAGAAGAGAAUCAAGGCUAGUGGUGAGGCUGGGAAAAGAGGACCAUAUCAGUGCAAAAGGUGCUUUCAGUUUGGACACAUAGAGAAGGGUUGUGCAGCUACUCAAGCUGAAUUAGAACAAGAGCUUCCCCAACCACGUCCAAAAAAAUCAAAAAG